AUGUCAGACGUGAAUGUUUUCAAGCAUGCAAUAUACUUCCUGCUACUCAUCAUUGUAACAUCUAGUGACCCUGACAUUACAACUGAUUUCAUUGGUCCAAAAGACGGCAAGCCUAUCGACGGUAACUUCUUCACUUUCACCGGAUUUCGCCCACUGUUAACUUCAUCGCCGCAGGUUUUCACUGUUACAAAAGCAACCAUGGCUUAAUUCCCUGCUCUUAAUGGCCAGAGUGUCUCUUACGCUGUCCUACAAUUCCCGGCCGGCACUAUCAACCCUCCACAUACUCAUCCUCGCUCUGCCGAACUGUUGUUCUUAACUUAUGGCACUCUUGAAGUUGGGUUUAUCGACACUUCUAACAAGCUAUACACUCAGACACUUCAAGCUGGUGACAUGUUUGUAUUUCCUAAAGGACUUGUGCACUUUCAGUUCUCUAACAAAGGCCCUGCUGCUGCAAUCUCUUCAUUUGGAAGUGCAAGUGCUGGCACUGUCUCACUUCCUGCCACAUUGUUUUCUACUUCCAUUGAUGAUGAAAUUCUUGCCAAGUCCUUCAAGACUGAUGAUCAAACCAUUCAGAAGAUCAAGUCUGCCUUUGCAUCCAAAGCAUAAUCUGAUGUCAUGU